GUGGAUAAUCCGCGACUUCUCCGUGAUGAUUAGAGAUCCAAAAAGCCUCAAUUGUGAUUAUACUAUACCCGGCAGUUCCAUGCGCGGCUUUUUGGAUAUGUGUGGUGUAAAUGGAAGCGGCUCGGUAGUAGAGGAUAUCGUCGAUGUUGAGAAUCUGGAGUUGGAUGUUCAUGUGGGAAUGAAGAAGAAUGCAUUGCAAAGCCAUAUUGAAGUUUGCAUUCUAGAUUCGAAUGGUUCCAAGUACAUACCAAAGCGGCAGGUGAUAAAAUCCCAGGUACAUUAUAUUAUACCUUUCAACGAAAAAAUCGUCCAGGAGAAAUCUCUACUGCCGAAUGAUUCGUUGACUCUCUUGUUUGUCUUCAACAUCACGACUGAUAUAUUGACGCAACGCCUGGAUCAAUUGCCAGUCCUACCGAUGGGGAACACCUUGAGAGAGGACAUGGAGAUGAUUUUGGACAAUCCGGACUACGCUGAUGCGACGAUCACUGUUGGUCAUAGAAAAUUUUUCAUUCUCAAAGCUAUUGUCGCUGCUCGCAGCUCCGUAUUUGCCGCGAUGUUUGAUAAUGAUAUGAAGGAGCUUGAGGAAGGCAACGUAGAUGUGACGGAUAUGACUGAAGAAGUCGUUGAAGAUGUGUUACGCUUUAUUUAUACUGAUCGAAUUAGCAGGCCCGAUUGUGAAAUAAUCGACUUGCUGUAUGCCGCUCAGAAAUAUGAUUUGAAAGGACUCGUGAUGUUGAUGGCUCAAGCCUUGGUGCAAGAUCUAACUGCUGAUAACGCCGCUGAGAGAUUAGUAAUUGCUGAUCGAUUCGAAUUGAAAGACGUCAAGCAGACCAUUAUUCACUUUAUUGAGGUUCACAUUAAAGCUGUUAUGCAGACAGACGGCUACAACAAAAUGGCGGCGGACUAUCCUUACCUUGCGUUGGAGAUCUUCGAGACAAUGGCGCUUGAAUGAUGCUUUACUUUGGAUCAUGGCGAAACUGUUAUUUAGUCAUUAAAGGUUUCUGUAGGUACUGA